CGUAGUCUUACUGCUCAAUACAAUGGAAGAUAGACCUCAGAAGGCCCAUCAUGCCAAACAGGCAGGAACGAAAGCCGAAAGGAAAAAGGCAAAGACUAACAAGAAUCAGGAGAAGAAUAAUCCCAAGGCUUUUACAUUCCAAAAUGCUGGAAGAGCGGCAAAGUCGGCCAGAAGAAACAUGGAUAUUGGAGAGAAGAAGCUUCAUGUUCCUCAAGUCGACAGAACACCCAUCGAAGCUCCUCCAAUUGUAGUUGCUGUCGUUGGACCACCUGGAAGUGGAAAGACAACACUUAUAAAGUCACUUGUUAAGAGAUACACAAAGCACAAUUUGACAGAAAUCAAAGGACCUAUCACCGUUGUUAGCGGAAAGAAGCGACGUUUGACUUUUAUGGAAUGUUCAAACGACAUGAAUUCCAUGAUUGACAUCGCCAAGAUUGCUGACCUGGUAUUGCUGAUGAUCGACGCAAGUUUUGGAUUUGAAAUGGAAACGUUCGAGUUCUUGAACAUCUUGCAGUCUCACGGCUUCCCAAAGAUUAUGGGAGUUCUUACUCAUUUGGACAAGUUCAAAAAUAACAAGACAUUGCGCACUACUAAAAAGCGUCUGAAGCAUCGUUUCUGGACUGAAAUUUACCAAGGAGCCAAGCUGUUUUACCUCUCUGGUGUGAUCAAUGGCAAAUAUCCCAACAUGGAAGUUCAAAACCUUUCAAGAUUCAUAUCAGUCAUGAAAUUCCGACCACUUGUAUGGCGCAACACACAUCCUUACAUGGUGGCCGAUCGUGUUGAAGACUUGACGGACCCAGAUCUUGUUCAUCAAAAUCCUAAAUGCGAUAGAUCCGUUACACUUUAUGGUUACUUGCGAGGCACCAAUCUCAAAAAUCAUAUGCGUGUACACAUUCCUGGAGCUGGAGAUCAUGUCAUUGACGAUGUCAGCAUCCUUCCUGAUCCUUGCCCAUUGCCAGAAAAAGAGAGAAAGCGCUUGGACGAGAAGGCCAAGCUUAUCUAUGCUCCUAUGUCUGAUGUUGGAGGUGUCAUGUAUGACAAGGAUGCCGUUUACAUCAAUGUGCCUGGAAACUUUACAAAGAAAUCAGCACUCGGUGUCCGAGGAGGCGAAGACGGAAGCGACGAAGAAAGUGAAGAAGAAGAGCAACAACUUCCAAUUCAACAUGGCAUUGGUGAAAAGAUGGUCAUGUCUCUUCAGGAUGCUAAAACUACCUUGGCAUCUCAACUUGAAGAAUCUGACUUCCAAGUGUUCUCCUCUAGCGCUCCUAUUCGUGCUACCGAUAUCACCGUCCCUGAUGAAUCUCUUGAAGAAGACGACACUGGAAGAGUCCGCAGACGAGCUAUUUUCGGUGAUGAGGAUGAGAUGGACGAUGAGAUGGACGAUGACGAGGAAGACGAAGAAGAAGAAGACGACAUGAUCGAUAGCGAAGCAGAAAGCGAUGACGAAGAUAAUCACGUUCCAAAGCGAGGAGAAGCACUGUCCAAAUAUGACACUCGAAAUAUACCUAAGAAAGGCGACAAAGACCUUGUAAAGGACACAGACCAGGAUGUUGUAUUUGCCGACAGUGAUAGUGACCUUGGCGACGAUGAUGCCGAGGAGGACAUGGUGAUUGUUGAUGGUAGACGAAAGCCCACCGUACCAGACCUAUCCGACGAUGCUUUCAGCGACGCCGAUACCAGCGAUGAAAUUGAAAUGGAUGGCGAAGUUGCCUGGAAAGACAAUAUGGCUGGCCGAGCCGAAAAUAUGUUCUUCGCAAACCGCCGCAUCAACUUGAUGUCUCUCAUCUACAACGACUUGUCAGUACCUGCUGAAAAGAUUGCAAGUGGCGAUGUUGAUCCAAACAGAAAAUCCGGCAGCAAAAAUAGUGACGCCCAGGAGGAUGAUGAAGAAGAAGAUGACGAUGAUGACUUUUUCAAAGUCGAUAGCAAGAACGAAACUGAACAGCCCAAAGAAGUCAUCGAUAGCACCAAGGAAGGCUAUGAAGACGUCGUGCUAGAUGAAUGGGAUGACGAGCAAGUACUCAAUUCAAUUCGAAAUCGGUUCAUCACUGGCAACCUUGAUGAUAACCAGGAAGGAGAAGAAAACGGCGAGAAUGGUGAUGAUGAAGAAGAAUUCGGUGAUUUUGAAGAUUUGGAAACCGGCGAGGUUGUGCAAACUGAACCUGUUGAAGUCAAGGAUCCUAUUCAAGCUGAACGAGAUGCUGUUGCUAAAAGAAAAGCAGAACUCAAGAAGAAGUUCGAUGCAGAGUACGAUGACGAUGACGAAGACGGUCCCAAGUUGGAUUUCUAUGAAACUAAGAAAGAAGAAAUCAGUCAGCAACUCAUGUUGAACAGAGCCGAAUUCGAGGAUGAUGACCCACAAACAAGAGCCAUGGUCGAAGGUUUCCGACCAGGAUAUUAUGUUCGAAUUUUGAUCAAGAACAUGCCUUGUGAAUUUGUCGAAAACUUCGACGCUCGAUACCCAGUUCUCCUUGGUGGUCUGCUGACAUCUGAAGAACAGUUCGGAUUUGUUCAAGUCAGAAUCAAGCGUCAUCGUUGGCACAGAAAGAUUCUCAAGACAAAUGAUCCUCUCAUUUUCUCCAUGGGCUGGCGCCGCUUCCAAUCCAUUCCUAUAUAUUCACUGAAUGAUGGUACAAGAAAUCGUAUGCUGAAAUAUACACCAGAGCACAUGCAUUGUUUGGCAACGUUCUUUGGUCCCAUUCACACGCCAAACACAGGUUUCUGUGCUGUUCAAAGAGUUUCCGAGACCGGCACAAGCGCCUUCCGUAUCAGCGCCACUGGUGUUGUUCUAGACAUCGAUCACUCUGUUGAGAUUGUCAAGAAGUUGAAAUUGACUGGUUACCCCUACAAGGUUUUCAAGAAUACGGCAUUCAUUAGAGAUAUGUUCACUAGCGCACUGGAAGUUGCCAAGUUCGAAGGUGCAAAUAUUCGCACUGUUUCUGGUAUUCGAGGUCAAGUUAAAAAACAUCUUCCGAAACCUGAAGGAGCUUUCCGUGCUACGUUUGAAGACAAGAUUCUGAUGAGUGAUAUUGUUUUCCUUCGUGCCUGGUAUCCUAUCAAGCCCAGAAAGUUCUACAAUCCAGUAACAUCGUUGCUACUUUCAUCCAAGACUGAUUGGGAAGGUAUGCGAUUAACUGGACAAAUCAGAAAGGACCUCAAUGAGCACGCUCCACAGAAGGUCGACUCUAUAUAUAAGCCAAUUGAACGCAAGGAACGAAGAUUCAACCCCUUGAAGAUUUCCAAGAGUCUUCAAGCCGAUCUUCCUUUCGCAUCCAAGCCCAAGGUUUUGAAGAAGCAAAAGGAGCAAUCCUAUCUUGCCAAGCGUGCUGUUGUUCUUGAGCCUGAAGAAAAGAAGAUUUAUACUUUGAUGCAACAGAUUCACACUCUCAAGAAUGAGAAGACUAGGAAGCGUAAGAUCAAGAACACUGAAAAGAGAGAACAGUUUAUGAAGAAAUUGGCCGCGAUCGAGGAAGUUACCAAGGUCAAGCAAGGAGAAAGACGAAAGGAAUUCUUCCGGAAGGAGGGUAAACGAGUAGCACACGAAGAGAAGGCUGCACAAGGCAAAUUUAAAAGGGCCAAGAAAGCGUAAACGCAUCACUCCGCAUAGAAUGUAUAAAAAAAAUAAAUUUGCAUGGCACAAUAAAUAAUAUGUUAAUACGUUACGCUGAAA